CGUGCUGAAAGAGCUUUGUGUCGUGUCGGUAUAACGAAAAGAAGCUGUAGAUAAUGAAACUGGAUUUUAUUGGAGAACUGUCGGAGAAUCGCUUGGAUUUUCAUUAAGAUCACGUGCAGUUCAUUUAUUGUUUACAAGGUGUAAUGGGCGUGUGUGAUGGGCGGCGACGGGAGUAAAAACAAGUUCGCAGCAUCACAGGAGAAGAUGAGAUCCCUGUCCAGUCGUCAGAGCUUUCUGUCUGUCCCUGCUCAAGUUCGUCACGGUCUGUUUAGACGCAGUAGAUUCUCUAAACAAACACAACCCUCAGAAUCAAACCCAGAAUGGACACUGCCAGCUUUCAUUUCUGUUUUCCUACCCGAAUUUCCACAGAGGUUUACUGGACACGUGCACUUACAGAUUCUUGGGUUUAUAGCUAAAGGCUCAUUUGGACCCAUACUGAAGGUAAAGGACCUUUGUAAAGAUGAGACCUAUGCUAUUAAGGUUUUACCCAAAGCUGAUGUUUUGAAGCACAGAGUCCUCCAGCAGUCAAAAGAAGAGGUGAUAAUCCAACGACAAGUCAGACAUCCUUUCCUGCUCAGUCUCCAGGACUGCUGGCAGAGCCAGGACAAUCUCUUCAUCAUGUGCGAGUAUUGCAGUACUGGGGAUCUGUAUACUUACUGGACACUGAAGGGUCGAUUUGAUGAGAAAGAGAUUCGAGUGUUUGCUGCUGAAUUGGGCUCUGCUUUGGGUUUUUUACAUGACUUUGGAAUAAUACAUAGGGAUGUGAAGAUGGAGAACAUUCUUCUGACUGAACAAGGUCACCUCCGCUUGACUGAUUUUGGGCUGUCUCGUCGCCUUAAGCGUGGGGAUAGAGCCUUCACUAUAUGUGGCACAAUCCAAUACAUGGCUCCUGAGGUACUGAGUGGUGGCCCCUACGGCCAUGCAGCAGACUGGUGGUCUCUUGGUAUUCUCAUCUACAGUUUAGCCACUGGAGGGUUUCCUGUUCCUGCAGAAGCAGACCACUGUAAGAUGCUGACCAGGGUUACUGAACAUCCAUACGACAUGCCAGCCGGCCUCAGUCCAGAUUUGGCCUUUCUGCUCAUAGAGGUGCUUCUUUGCAGGAUCCCCACACAUCGCUUGCGCUGCCUGGAGCACUUCCGAAACCAGCGGUAUUUCCGUGGCAUGUCCUUUGAUUCCCAGAUGCUGCAGAAAAGUCCCAUCGAGCCGAUCCUGGAGCUGAAGAAUCAUCCUGACCGACAGGAAAAAUCAAUGAGAGGUCUAUCAUUAGACCUGCUCCAGAAUUUUGAGUGUGACCUGCUGAACUCUUCCUCCACCCCUGAAGCUCCUCAAGGAUGUGUUCUUUCUCCACUGCUAUUUUCACUCUACACAAACGAAUGCACCUCUACAGACCCUUCUGUCAAACUCCUGAAGUUUGCAGAUGACACCACAGUCAUUGGCCUUAUUCAAGACGGUGAUGAAUCUGCCUACAGAAAGGAGGUUGCUCAGCUGGCUGCCUGGUGUAGUCAAAACAACCUAGAGCUGAAUGCAUUCAAGACAGUGGAGAUGAUAGUGGAUUUCAGAAGGAACCCUCCAUCACUUCCUCCCCUCACCAUCCUGGACAGCACUGUGGAUACUGUGGAGUCAUUCAGGUUCCUGGGCUCCACCAUCUCUCAGGACCUGAAGUGGGAGUCCCACAUAGACUCCAUUGUAAAGAAGGCCCAGCAGAGGUUAUACUUCCUCCGUCAAUUGAGGAAGUUCAACCUACCACAGGAGCUACUGACCCAGUUCUACUCAGUGGCCAUCCAAUCUGUUCUGUGCACUUCAAUUACUGUUUGGUAUGGCUCGGCCACCAAAUCAGACCUACGAAGACUACAACGGACAGUUCGUAGUGCUGAGAAAAUUAUUGGUGCUCCUCUGCCCACACUUCAGGACCUGUACGAUUCCAGAGUGAAAAACAGGGCAAGAAAAAUCAUCAUUGACUCCACACACCCAGCACACAAACUCUUUGAUCUGCUGCCCUCUGGCCGGCGCUUUAGAGCACCAAACACCAGGACUUCCAGACACAGAAGCAGCUUCUUCCCCCAGGCAAUCUCCCUCCUAAACAGAUAACUGCUCCUUAAGAGCAAUAUUCCACUUCCACUACUCCUAUAGUGUGCACUACUGUGCCUAUUAUAUCUACAUCUUAUGUAUACAUGUAUAUAACACUACCCACUUACUACAUUAUCCAUUUGCACAAGUGUACAUACAAUCUGUUAAUAUGUAUAUUCUACUAUAUACUACCCGGUACAAUGUCUCUUAUAUGUUAUUAUCCCCCAUUUUCUGUAAAAUAGUCUUUAUUUUAUAUAUGCACAAUUUAGAAUCUUUAGACUGUAAAUCAUAUUAUAAUGUAUUGUCAUUGUGUUAAAUGUCUGUACUAGAAGCUUCCAACACCAAAGAAAAUUCCUUGUGUGUGCAAGCACACUUGGCAAUAA